UGCUAGCCUCGCCGCAGUCGCCCUGCGCGUCUCCUCUACCGAACCGUCCGCCGUCGUCGCCAUCGCCGUCGCUGUGCAUAUACCUCCCCUACUCUAGCUACCUUCUUCUUGGUAUUGUCAGCUAGGUGUACCGCGUCACAGCAUGGCGCCCGGGCUGCGGUUCCCGCCGGCGUUCGCCCUCGUGCAGCUCGCGUUCGCGCUGCUCGCCGUGCUGCCUCGCCACGUUGCGCCGGACCUGGCCGGCGACCGCGACGCGCUGCUCGCCCUGCGCACCGCCGUGGGAAAGCAUCUCAAGUGGGACCCGUCGGUGUCCCCGUGCCAGGGGUGGCAAGGCGUCAGCUGCAGCCCCGCCCCCGGCCAGCGCGUCGUCGAGGUGCGGCUGGUUGCCAAGAGCCUGAGCGGGCAGAUCCCGGUCGGCACGGUGGGCAACCUCACCGCCCUGCAGACGCUGUCCCUCCGGUUUAACGCCAUCUCCGGCCCCAUCCCGGCGGACAUCGGCAGCUGCGCCGAGCUCCGGUGGCUGUACCUCAAGGGGAACCGGUUCGACGCCGGCAUACCGGAGAGCCUCUUCUUGCUGGCAUUGCUCAAGAAGGCCGACCUGUCCGAGAAUCGCCUCACCGGCGGCGUGUCAUCGGAGUUCAACAGGCUCGGGAACCUCGCCACGUUGAACCUCGAGGGCAAUGACCUCAACGGCGCGCUCCCGAGCGGCCUUGACCUCCCGAAGCUGACGCAGUUCAACGUGUCCUACAACGGCCAGAUCGACGGCCCCGUGCCCGCGUCGCUCGCCGGGCUACCCCCGAGCGCCUUCCUUGGAACGGCGCUUUGCGGCGGCCCUCUCGCCGCGUGCCCCAGCUCAGAGGGCAAGAAGAGGCGCAAGCUAACCUUUGGCGCCAUCAUCGGCAUCAUCAUUGCUGCGUUGGUCGCUCUCAUCAUCGUGCUCACAAUCUGUGUUCUCGUCUGCUUCAGCCGGCGGCGGCGGGCGACGGCCGGAAGGUCCACCGAGGCCGCGGCCGACGUGCACGAGGGCAUGGAGCCUAUAACGGUGACCGUGGCGAUGACGGACAGGAACGCCGUGAAGCGGUCGCACUCCCCGCCAGCGCGCCGGAGAGGCCCUACGACCUGGAGACGAUUGGUCGCCCUCGGCGCUCUCCGCCACGACAACCUGCCGGGUCUCCGCGCCUACUUCUACAGCAGGGAGGAGAAGCUCCUCGUCUUCGACUUCGUCGGCGCCGGCAGCCUCUCCUCCCUUCUCCACGGCGGCGGAGCGGAGCGCCUCGACUUCACGACGCGCGCACGCAUCGCGCUGGCGGCGGCGCGCGGCGUGGCGUUCAUCCACGGCGGAGGGCCCAAGGCGUCGCACGGCAGCAUCAAGGCGUCCAACGUCGUGGUCAGCGGGGCACGCGACGGCGCCUACGUGGCCGACUACGGCCUGGCCCAGCUCGUCGGCACGGCGGAGCUGCCGAAGCGGGGCACGGGCUACCGCGCCCCGGAGGUGACCGACGCGCGCGCCGUGUCGCAGAAGGCCGACGUGUACAGCUUCGGCGUGGUGGUGCUGGAGCUGCUCACCGGGCGCGCGCCGACGCACGCGCUCCCGGACGGCGGCGCCGGCGGCAGCGGCGUGGACCUCGCGCGGUGGGUGCGGUCGGUGGUGCAGGAGGAGUGGACGUCCGAGGUGUUCGACUCCGUGAUCGGCAACGAGCCGCGGGUGGAGGAGGAGAUGAUGCGGCUGCUGCAGCUCGGCAUGGAGUGCACCGAGCAGCACCCCGACCGGCGCCCGACGAUGGCGGAGGUGGAGGCGAGGAUCGAGCGCAUCGUCGAGGACGCGUCCCGGAGGGCCGACUUCAGCAGCACCGACGGCAGCCGAAGCGUGUCCGCAUGAGCAUGGCCGGUCUUUAUUCUUUUGCAAGGUCUAUAAGAGUUUUUUGAAAUGAGACGGUUAGGUUUAUGUAUUUUGUUACAGCAUUUGUUGUUUUACAAUAAUAAUGAAGGCGCUUUCAUGUUACUCAUAAGUAAGUUAGGAUACAUUGCAUAACUAAGAUGCACAGAGCGGCCACAAAC